AGCGGAGCCGGAUCGGGCUGAGCCGAACCGAGCCGUGCCGAGCAGGGCCGAACCGAACCGAGCCGAUCCGGGGACUCGUUCCGGUGCCGGUGCCGGGUCAGGGGCCGGUGUCGGUACUGGGGCCGGGCCGGUGGCGGUGGCGGUGGCGGGUCAGGGGCCGGGGCCGGUGUGACCCGUGCCGGUGCCGGUGCCGGUGCCGGUGCCGGUGGCGGUGCCGGUGGCCCGGACGAUGCUGUUCUCCCUGCGGGAGCUCGUGCAGUGGCUCGGUUUCGCCACCUUCGAGCUGUUCCUGCACGGGCUGGCCCUGCUCGCCUUCUCGGUGCUGCUCGUGCUCAAGCUGGACGGCGCCGCCGCCGCGCUCUCCUGGUGGAUCGUGUUCGUGCCCUUCUUCGCCGCCGACGGGCUCAGCACCUACUUCACCACCAUCGUGUCCGUGCGCCUCUUCCAGGACGGCGAGAAGCGGCUGGCGGUGCUGCGGCUCUUCUGGAUCCUCACCAUCCUCAGCCUCAAGUUCGUGUUCGAGAUGCUGCUGUGCCAGAAGCUGGUGGAGCACACGCGGGAGCUCUGGUACGGGCUCAUCAUGUCCCCGGUGUUCAUCCUGCUGCAGCUGCUCAUGAUCCGGGCCUGCCGCGUCAACUGAGCCGGGCCCGGGGGCUCACGGUGCUCCUGCUGUCCCCGGUGUCCCCGGUGUUCCCGGUGCUCCUGCUGUUCCCGGUGUUCCCGGUGUUCCCGGAGUUCCCGGUGUUCCCGGUGUCCCCGGAGUUCCCGGUGCUCCUGCUGUUCCCGGUGUUCCCGGUGUCCCCGGUGUCCCCGGUGUUCCCGGUGUUCCCGGUGCUCCCGGAGUUCCCGGUGUUCCUGCUGUUCCCGGUGUUCCUGCUGUUCCCGGUGCUCCCGGAGUUCCCGGUGUUCCCGGUGCUCCCGGAGUUCCCGGUGCUCCCGGUGCUCCUGCUGUUCCCGGUGCUCCCGGUGUUCCCGAUGCUCCCGGAGUUCCCGGAGUUCCCGGUGUUCCCGGAGUUCCCGGUGUUCCCGGUGUUCCCGGUGUCCCCGCUGUCCCCGGUGCUCCCGGUGCUCCUGCUGUUCCCGGUGCUCCCGGAGUUCCCGGUGUCCCCGGUGCUCCCGGUGUCCCCGGUGUCCCCGCUGUCCCCGGUGCUGUCCCCGUGCCCAGGGGCAGGUGACACGCCGGGACAGGGGCAGGGUCCCGGCUCGUGGCGGUGUUGCAGAGCGUCCCGUUUCUCCAAAAGCUGCACAUCCCUCUCUGUGCUCCCUCAGCUCCUGCGCUGUCCUGUCCUCCGAGCACGGCCGGGCGUCACAGACAUUUUAUUUUCAAAUAAAAAUGCGUUCAAGGAC